GGGCCGGGCAGGAGGGACGCGGGCUCCGCUGGCGCUGCCGCGGCUUACCCUCCCGGCGCCCCCCCUCCCCAGCUGUGGCCGCGCUCCCCGCGGAGCCUCAGCGCCUGGCCCGAGGCCCCGCCGAAGGUGGCGGCCCCUUUCCCGGCCCAGCGCAGUCGGGCUGGCGUCGGGGAGCUUGCGUGCGAACCCGAGGUGCUGCGCCCGCCUCCUCCCCGGUACUGCCGGGCCCUCCCCGCGCCGCGCUCAGCCUCCGUCCCUCCCUCUCUCGCUGCUCCCUCCGGGCUCGGAGGCGCGGGAGCCGGGCUCGGAGGCGCGGGAGCCGGGCUCGGAGGCGCGGGAGCCGGGCGCCGGGCGCGGAGGCGCGGGAGCCGGGCUCGGAGGCGCGGGAGCCGGGCUCGGAGGCGCCGGACACCUGGGUCCUCGGGCUGGUCGGGAAGAGCCGAGCGGGGAGCAGCCUUCGCCAUGCUGCCGGCGGGAGGCGUCUAUGCCGUGAAGAAAAGGAAAAAGCCGGUGCCGAAGAGUCCCAAGCCACCCACUCCUGAGGGCACCAAGUCCAACCCUUCAAAAAGACACCGGGACCGUCUGAAUCAGGAACUCAACAAACUGACCAACCUGUUGCCCUUUCCUGAGGAUGUCCGGGCCCGGCUGGAUAAACUUUCCAUCCUCAGGCUGGCUGUGGGUUACCUGAAGGUAAAAGGCUACUUCACAGCCAUUUUGAAGAACCUCAGUACAGGUGGGCCAGAUGAGCAAUCUGCAAAUUCCAGAGGAAAUGUCAUGAUACCCCCCCAUUUCACCCAGGAAGCCUUUUCUGAAGGAGACUUGCUUCUUCAGGCUCUCCAUGGAUUUUUCAUUGCAGUCACUGCCGAUGGAUAUAUCUUCUAUGUCUCACCUACUGUUCAGGACUACCUGGGAUUUCAUCAGUCAGACAUCAUUUACCAGAGCGUGUUUGAGCUGAUCCACACCGAUGACAGGGCCAUGUUCCGCUGCCAGCUGCACUGGUCCCUGAACCCCCCAUCAUUCAGGGAAGCGGAGCAGGACUCCAGCUCUCUGCCUGAGAAUGAGAGCCCUCUGAACAACGGCUCUACCGUGUAUGAGCUUGGGCAUCCACUCCCAGAGAAUUCCUCCUUCCUGGACAGAAGCUUUGUCUGCCGAUUCCGCUGUCUACUGGACAAUUCUUCAGGCUUCAUGGCUUUGGAUUUCCAUGGUCGCCUGAAAUUCCUCUAUGGGCAGAAUAAAAAAGCCGAAGAUGGAUCCCUCAUGCCGCCCCAGCUGGCCCUGUUCGCUAUAGCAGUGCCUCUUCAGCCUCUCUCCAUCUUGGAACUCCGAACAAAGAUAUAUAUUUUUCAGACCAAACAUAAGCUGGACUUCACACCAAUGGCUUGUGAUGCUAGAGGGAAGGUGCUUCUGGGUUACACAGAAACUGAACUCUGCAUGAGAGGCUCUGGAUACCAAUUUAUCCAUGCAGCAGACAUGAUGUAUUGUGCUGAAAAACAUGUAAGAAUGAUGAAGAUGGGCGAGAGCGGAAUGACCAUCUUCAGGCUACUGACCAAGAAGGCGGGCUGGCUCUGGGUCCAGUCCAAUGCCAGGCUCGUGUACAAAGGAGGCCAGCCAGACUGUAUCAUCGCUCGGCAGAGGGUGCUUUCCAACGAAGAAGGGGAAGAACAUUUGCACAAGAGGGCCACGUCCCAGCUGCCUUUUAACUUUGCCACGGGGGAAGCCGUCCUGUAUGAGAACAACCUUUCGGGCUUUCUCAGCUCCCUCCCUCCCAAGAAGGGACUCAAGGUAAAGAAAGAAGCUUUUCUUGACCCUGGCGCCGUUGACCCCAAUUCCCUCCUGGGAGCCAUGAUGCAGCAAGACGAAUCUGCGUACGUUUUGAGGACUGUCCCUGCAUCCUCCUCCUCCUUUUCAGAUGACGUGCAAGCCUCUAGGGGAUGGGGGGCUAAUGACAAAAAUGGGAAGAUCAUAAAAGACAAGACGGAUUCCCUGUUGACUGUCAUUGAGACGUUAUUUGAGAGAAAUGAGUCUGAGAGUGAUAUCUUCAAAGCCAGUCAGAACCCGGAUGGCGACGCCCUGGGAUCACAGAAGUGGGAGGAAAGCGUGUUUCUGGUGAACCCAAUGGCGUCCCCAAGUCCCCAGGGAAGACUGCAGCCAGGAGUGCCCUCCUGCAGGGACGAGGUGGGACUCUUGCCAGGGAGCAGGAAGUAUGGGGACCUUCCACCACUGGACAGCACGACAUCCUUGCCGUCCCUGAGGCACCAGGCUCCGCUGCGGGGGCCCUCGCAUCAAACCCCUCCAAUGAACCCAUUUCAGUGCUUACGUAUGAAUUCCCCCAACGAGAAGGAUGCGGGCCAUUCUUGGGAACACCACUGGCCUUCCAUGGGUCCUGAUCCACUUGUCCAUUUAUCACCGGGAUUGCAGGACAUGUUACCUGAUUUACCCCAGCAGAUCGAUGGGCAGAGCCACGAGGGUCCUUUGACCUUUGGAACGUGCCCAAAUGCCAUGAUUACCCCUGAGAUACAAGCAGCAUCCAGCCAACAAAACCCUGUUUCCUUGCAGCAGACCAGUUGUCUUCCCCGGGAAACCAGCUUAGCCAGCUCCGCGGCGGCGUGGCCCCCCAUGUGCACGCUUGCUUUGGAGAAGGUGGCGCGGCCCACCUCUGGGUGUGGCGUCUCCACCCAGUCGGGUCAGCUCGGGCCACGGGCACUCGAUACCCAGUGGCUGGAUCCAGAGCCUGCAGGGAUCUCCGUCCCUCAGGGACCACCCCAGGGUACCAAGCCCAGAAGUGGGGUGGGCUCUCUGACCCUGGGAGAGCCCAUGGAGGUGGACCCACAAUUCCAAACAUACCCCCUUGGAAGCCACGGGCCUGGCCUGUGGGUUUCUUCAGGGUGGGCUGACUUCCCUCCAGGGGGCACGCGAGGCAGGGGGAUUCCCGACCCACAGCAGGCCCAGGGGAUGAUGUCGCCGUGCUUUGGCCAACAGGCCGGUCCUCCGCAGGGUCAUCAGCUGCCCAGGGCCUGUUCUUCCUAUUGGCCAACCCAGCAGCAACCGCCGGCCUCGGGCCCGGAUAUUUAUGGCAAGCAAGGAGGGUUCUCGGCCCAGCCUGAGCGGCCUUUGGUGGAAGGGACCGACCGUGCCGGGGGGCCCUUGGGCGGGGCAGCUCAGGGACAUUGUGGGGCGCCCCUGGCGGGAGUGGCAGGACCCAGCCUCCAUCGCCAGACUGCCUCGGGUCGGGGCGCCAGUGGCCAGAGGCAGGGGAUGCUCCAGGGUAUCCCAAGCUCCUCUGCUUCUCCCCCGUGGCUGAGCCAAUGCUCUCUCCCCUCUCCGGAAUAUCCCAGCGGGGAAGGGGACCCGUGUCCUCGGGCGCCUCCGGGAGCCCGCCUCGGGGCCAGCAGGACACCGGCAGAAGCCUCACCAUCUCACCCAGACAGACUCGGCCGCUCGGCCCCUGGGAGGGAAGCCAGGCUGGGGCGCAGCUGGAGUCUCCCCGCCCAUCCCUCGUGCCCUCCCUUCUCCCACGCGUCAGCGUUAGGGCAGCCCGAGCAUCGGCCGGUUCCCAGUCACGGUGUCCACAGCAAGCCAAGCCAUCAGAAGGAAGAGUCUGGUACCACAGGAUUUCCUACUGCCGUCUAUUCUCCCAGAACUCAGUUUACCUCAAGCUCUGAGGUCAAAUCACACCAUCCUCCUUGGGACUAAUUUGUGUGUGUGUGUGUUUGUGUGUGUGUGUGUGUGUGUGUGUGUGUGUGUGCACAUGCUUUAAUAACAAUUGUUUUUCUGGAACUGGAGUUUCUGAAGCUUUUCAAUGGAUAUGCAAAUAGUGCUGUAAUUAAAAACAAAACACUUCUCCCUGUGCACAAAUCUCUAUUUCUAUAAUCAGUCAUUCUGGAUCCUGGAGAUUCCCCAUUUUUCUUUUAUAUUACACUUUUUUUACUUAUAUAGAGAUGUAGGUCAUCCUCAUGAUUAUUUCCUGUUCAUUCCUUGGAAGCAAAGAAUUCUACUAGAAUCAGGAAGACAAAGAAUCAGCAAAAAAGGAUAAGGAAAAUGACAUAAGCUGUAGGAGCCUUCUUUUAUUCGAGUGAAAUGAAUUCUUCUUGCGCCUGAGAUCUUAUCCCAGUUCUUUUCAUUUCCUCUCCCAGAUUUAAGCAGAUAAACAUAAAUGGGAAAAGAACAUGGAAACCUAUGCUGUCAACGGUGGAAGGUGAUUGGACAAAGCCAUUGUUUGCACAAGGAAUAUCUUCUGGUUCUGCCAACAUGGCAUGGGGAAAGUCCCCCAAAUCAAGAUUUUUAGCAACUAAGAUAGAACCUAGAUACCUAACACUCAUCAUGAAAUCAUUUCAACUACUGUAAAAAUGGGAAACACCUGGCAAAAUCCUCCCCAUCAUUGGACAGAAUGUUCAAGGGGCAGUGGAAAAUUUGGAUACACUUUUCUUCAUUUCAGUUCAAGCAGCUUUUAUUGGGCAACUACUGUGUGCCAGG